CCAGUGAGAUGUACUUCAUGUGAGCAGUAAAAGCUGUGCUUUUCUUUUGCAGUUUAGUUUGCAAAAUCUAGAAACCACCAAGGAUGGGUGAAACCAGUGUAGAUGGAGCAAAAAUGACAGACUCUCCAGGUGGAAAUACAACCAUUAAGAGUGAACAAAAGACAGAGGGAAACUCUUUCUUUAGCUGGCUGUUGGUGCUGGCUUUGCUGGGGGUUUGGUUGUCUGUGGGUGUUGUGUGGUUUGACCUUGUUGACAACAACAGUGUGGUUGGUGCUCUUGGAGGAGUAUAUGAUGCUGAUGGCGAUGGAGACUUUGAUGUAGAAGAUGCCAAAGUUUUGUUGGAGAAUGAUACUGUGGCUACUAAGGAAAAAACCUUAAGAAAAAAUAUCACAACGGAGGGAGACAGUAUACAAGCAGGCCAUUCCAAGCAUACAUAUGAGAGACCUAAAGAAGUGGGGCUUAAAAAAGACAGAGAACAUCCUACCAAGGAUAUUGGCCGAAAGCUGAAAGCAGCUCUGAAGGAGCAGCUACGAAUUAUUCAUGAGAAGAUUGAAGCCAAAAAGAUUGCCAAACUAGCCCUUGCUGAGGUCCAUAGUGUUUUGGCUCAAGAGGAAGAGGAGAGACAAGCUGCUUUUGCUGCCAAAAAAGUCAAAGAAGAGGCAGAAGUUAAGCUUCAAGAGGAACGAAUACAAAGAGAACAAGAGGAGAAACUAGCCAAGGAGAAAGCAGAGAGAGAAAGAGUGGAACAAGAAAAACUGACCAAAGAAAAAACAGUAAAAGAAAGGAUGGAGAAAGAGAAAUCAGAAAAGGAAAGAUUGGCUAAAGAAAAAGCAGAAAAGGAAAGAUUGGCUAAAGAAAAAGCGGAGAAAGAAAAACUGGAGAAAGAGAGGGCAGAAAAAGAAAAAAUGGCUAAGGAAAAAGCAGAACAGGAAAGACUGGCCAAAGACAAGGCAGAAAAAGAGAGACUUGUUAAAGAAAAGGCUGAAAAGGAAAAACUGGGGAAAGAGAGUGCAGAAAAAGAACAACUGGCUAAAGAAAAAGUGGAAAAAGAAAGAUUGGAGAAAGAGAAAGCAGAGAAAGAAAGAUUGGCUAAAGAAAAAGCAGAAAAAGAAAGACUUGAGAAACAAAAGGCAGAAAAAGAAAGACUGGCUAAAGAAAAAGCAGACAAAGAAAGACUGGAGAAAGAGAAAGCAGAAAAAGUAAGAUUGGCCAAAGAAAAGACAGAAAAAGAGAGACUUGCUAAAGAAAAAGCAGAAAAGGAAAGACUUGAGAAAGAAAAGGCCGAAAAAGAGAGACUCGCUAAAGAAAAAGCAGAAAAAGAAAGACUUGAGAAAGAAAAGGCAGAAAAAGAGAGACUCGCUAAAGGAAAAGCAGAAAAAGAAAGAUUGGCUAAAGAAAGCGCAGAAAAAGAAAGACUUGAGAAAGAAAAGGCAGAAAAAGAAAGACUGGCUAAAGAAAAAGCGGACAAAGAAAGACUGGAGAAAGAGAAAGCAGAAAAAGAAAGAUUGGCCAAAGAAAAGGCAGAAAAAGAGAGACUUGCUAAAGAAAGAGCAGAAAAAGAAAUAUUGGCUAAAGAAAGAGCAGAAAAAGAAAGACUUGAGAAAGAAAAGGCAGAAAAAGAGAGACUCGCUAAAGAAAAAGCAGAAAAAGAACGAUUGGCUAAAGGGAUAGCACAAAAAGAAAGACUUGAGAAAGAAAAGGCAGAAAAAGAGAGACUGGCUAAAGAAAGAGCAGAAAAAGAAAGACUUGAGAAAGAAAAGGCAGAAAAAGAGAGACUCGCUAAAGAAAAAUCAGAAAAAGAAAGAUUGGCUAAAGUGAUAGCAGAAAAAGAAAGGAUGGAGAAAGAGAGAGUGGAAAAGGAAAGACUGGCCAAACAAAAUGCAGAAAAGGGAAGUCUGGAUAAAGAGAAAGUUGAGAAAGAAAGGCUUAACAAAGUAAAAGAGAGUGCAUCAAAGGGGCAAACAGAGAAAGAUUUAAAGAAGGAAAGAAAAAAUGUGAACAAUUACAAAGAAGAAAAAGAGGCAAAAUUAAAUAAAAAAGCUCAUGGACAAAAAGUUGAUCAAUCAGAAAAUGAAAAAGAAUCAGCUGAUGAAAAAAAUACCAAAGAAGAGAAAAUAUCUACUCGUGGUUUACUUAAAUCUUCUAAAAAAAUAUCAAGAAAUAAUAGUAAACUGCCAUAACUGUGAGAUUUGAUUUAAGAGGUUUGGAAAUAAAAACUCAUAAGGCAUUUACUAGGAACAGCCCUGCAUAGUAAAUAACUAAAAAUACAACACAUUUUUUUUCAGUAGUGUGACAAUAUUCAGCUGUUCAAAACGCUAACAAGCUACUUUUUUCAAACAAGUAGUGGUGUAGUGUAACAAAACACUACAUUGCUGUUGGUCCCAUGGCACAGCUGAGUGAAGGAGGUAAUAACCCAACUGUCAACUCACUGUGUUGGGAAGUUUGACUGAGUGUAUUGGUUCGCUUGGAUGUUUCAUGUAAAUAAACAUGAUUUCUUAGAUCCAACAAGCCAGUGUUUUUAAACCCUGUUCCUGGAGCCCUCUCCAACCAUUCACAUUUUGCAUUUCUCUUUAAUCAAACACACCAUGAAUUCAGGUCAUCAUUCAGGUCUCAUUAGAAGACACCAAGAUCUGAAAUGGGACACAUUCAAAAUGUGUAGGGGACUCCAGGAACAGAGUUGAAACCCUCUGCAAUAAGUGAUUUAGCCUGCACAGAAUUCCAGACUGCAUUUAAAAAAAUAUUUAGUGAGUUAUAUACAUU